GACGACGGCGACGACGACCCCUAUUAACGACUGCAGCGACCAAAGCUAGAGCGUGCUAUAACGCACAUACGGCUUGUCUUCUCGCUCCGUUUAUCUUUUGAGGACAAGGAUUGUUCUUUUCUCGUAUCUGAUUUUUUCGGGUCAUGGAUAUUCACGACGAUGAAGAAGAGUGGGACCAGCUCAACCGGUCCAAUUGGCGGGGCUUGGGACUUACGGAUCCCAUACGGAGCGUUGAGGACAAAUGGUUAUUGUUGCCUGCUUUUCUCAAAGUGAAAGGUCUCGUAAAGCAGCACAUCGAUUCCUUCAAUUACUUUGUUAACGUUGACAUCAAAAAUAUUGUCAAGGCAAACAAUAAAAUUACUUCCGACGUCGACCCUCGCUUCUGGCUCAAGUUCACCGACAUCAAUGUCGGCUUUCCAGACCGAAAUGAAGUCGAGGCCGUGGACAAGCGCGUCACUCCCCACGAAUGUCGGUUACGCGACAUCACAUACAGCGCUCCUAUUAUGGUCACUAUCCAGUACGUCCGUGGCAAAAACGUUAUCCAACGCAACGUCAACAUCGGUCGAAUCCCCAUCAUGCUGAGAAGCAGCAAGUGUGUGCUCACUGGCCGAUCAGAAGCCGAGCUUGCGCGCAUGAAAGAGUGUCCGCUGGACCCUGGAGGAUAUUUUGUGGUCAAAGGAACCGAGAAAGUCAUUUUGGUCCAAGAACAGCUCAGCAAAAAUCGGAUUAUUGUAGAAACUGAUCCUGUCAAAGGUGUUGUCCAGGCUUCCUGCACAUCGUCUACACAUGGUGGUCUCAAAUCAAAAACAUACGUCGCCACUAAAAAAGGUCGGAUUUACCUUCGACAUAACUCAAUUCAUGAAGAUGUUCCCAUUGCGAUUGCCCUGAAAGCUCUCGGUGUCCAAUCCGACAAGGAAAUCCUUCUGUUGACUGCUGGUAACACAGAAUCCUACAAAGCCGCAUUCUCCGCCAACCUAGAAGACGCCGCCAAGCUUGGCGUGUUCACCCGCCAUCAGGCAUUGGAGUAUAUUGGCAGCCGCGUCAAAAUAAAUCGGCGUGUGAUGGGGCCCCGUAGACCGGCAUGGGAGGAGGCGUUGGAAGCUCUAGCCACGAUUGUUUUGGCACAUGUCCCAGUCAGUGGUCUCGACUUCAGAGCGAAAGCUAUCUUCGUCGCCACCAUGACCCGCCGUGUUUUGAUGGCCAUGGAUGACGAGAAGAUGGUAGAUGAUCGUGAUUAUGUGGGCAAUAAGCGAUUAGAAUUGGCGGGCCAGCUUCUCGCGCUUCUGUUCGAAGAUCUGUUUAAAACGUACAAUGCAAAUCUUAAAUCUGCUAUCGACAAAGUCCUCAAGAAGCCUUCACGGACCAAUGAAUUUGACGCGUUUACUACCAUGCAAUUUCAAGGCGACCAUCUCACUGCCGGCUUUGUUCGCGCGAUAUCUACCGGGAAUUGGUCGCUGAAACGGUUCAAGAUGGAGCGUGCUGGUGUGACCCAUGUCCUCAGCCGGCUCAGCUUCAUCUCUGCCCUAGGGAUGAUGACCCGCAUCUCUUCGCAGUUUGAGAAGACUCGAAAAGUUAGUGGUCCUCGGGCGUUACAGCCAAGUCAAUGGGGCAUGCUAUGCCCAAGUGAUACUCCCGAAGGCGAGGCUUGUGGUCUAGUCAAAAAUCUGGCCUUGAUGACCCACAUCACCACCGAUGUGGAAGAGGGGCCAAUCGUCCGUCUCGCCUUUAUGUUGGGAGUCGAAGACAUCACUCUGGCAACGGGUACAGAGAUAUACGGACCCCACACGUUCGUCGUCAAUGUGAACGGAACUAUUAUCGGUCUGACUCGAUAUCCCGCUCGUUUCGUUGCACAGUUUCGGAAGCUGCGGCGCGCGAGGAGAAUCAGCGAGUUUGUGAGCAUUUAUAUUAAUCAUCACCACCGGGCUGUGCAUAUAGCAAGCGAUGGAGGUCGCAUUUGUCGACCUCUGGUUAUUGUCGAACAUGGGCGUCCGCGGAUUACGUCGGAGCAUAUCUCGUAUCUCAAGAAGGGUAAAGCCACCUUUGAUGACUUUUUGCGCAAGGGGCUGGUUGAAUACCUCGAUGUCAAUGAGGAAAACGACGCGUACAUCGCACUUUACGAAGCCGACAUCGUGCCUACGACGACUCAUCUGGAAAUCGAGCCAUUUACACUGCUUGGCGCCGUUGCCGGGCUGAUCCCCUAUCCGCAUCAUAACCAAUCGCCUCGGAAUACCUAUCAAUGCGCUAUGGGUAAACAAGCGAUUGGUGCGAUUGGUUACAAUCAACUAAAUCGAAUCGACACACUGCUGUACCUAUCUGUAUAUCCUCAACAGCCAAUGGUCAAAACGAAAACUAUCGAACUAGUCGGAUAUGAUCGUCUUCCUGCAGGUCAAAAUGCUACCCUGGCUGUCAUGAGUUACUCCGGUUAUGACAUCGAGGACGCUCUCAUCUUAAACAAGGCCAGUCUAGAUCGUGGUUAUGGCCGAUGUCAAGUACUGAGAAAGAAUGCGACUCUAAUUCGAAAGUAUCCUAACGGAACAUUUGAUCGGUUGGCCGAUGCACCGCAGGACGAGACAGGGCAGACUGCCAAAAAGUAUGAUAUCAUUCAGCCGGACGGCCUUGCAGGUGUUGGGGAGCGUGUUGAUCCGGGUGACGUCUACGUGAACAAACAGUCUCCGACGAAUGCUACAGAUAAUACGUUCACAGGUCAAGCGGCCUCGGUGCCCUACAAGAACACACCGAUGACAUACAAGUCUCCCGUCGCGGGUAAUAUCGACAAAGUCAUGAUCAGUGACACAGAGAAUGAUCAGACCCUCAUCAAAGUGUUGAUCCGCCAGACGCGGAGGCCCGAACUGGGAGACAAGUUUUCGUCGAGGCAUGGACAGAAAGGUGUCUGCGGGCUAAUUGUGAACCAGGAAGAUAUGCCUUUCAAUGACCAAGGGAUCAAUCCUGAUACGAUUAUGAACCCUCACGGGUUCCCGUCGCGAAUGACUGUUGGGAAGAUGAUCGAACUUCUUGCUGGGAAGGCGGGAACGUUGUGCGGGAAGCUCCAGUACGGAACUGCCUUUGGUGGCUCGAAGGUAGAGGACAUGAGCCGGAUAUUGAUUGAGAACGGAUUCAGUUAUGGUGGUAAGGAUAUGCUGACGAGCGGCAUCACUGGAGAGCCAAUGGAGGCGUAUGUCUACUUUGGGCCCAUUUACUACCAGAAACUCAAGCACAUGGUGAUGGACAAAAUGCAUGCCAGGGCGAGAGGCCCGAGAGCGACGCUGACCCGGCAACCCACAGAAGGAAGGUCUCGUGAAGGAGGGCUGCGCUUGGGGGAGAUGGAGCGGGACUGUUUGAUAGGAUAUGGUGCAACGCAGCUUCUGCUCGAGCGUCUGAUGAUAUCGUCGGACAAAUUCGAGGUGAACGCCUGCCAGGAAUGUGGGCUGAUGGGGUACAAUGGCUGGUGCACGUACUGCAAGAGUUCCAAGAAGAUGGCACAAUUGACGAUUCCGUAUGCUGCGAAAUUGCUAUUCCAGGAGUUGAUGGCGAUGAAUGUGGUUCCUAGGCUGAUCUUGGCUGAUGCAUGAGGCCCGGGCAGGGAAGAUAAUGUAUUGUGUAUUAAUCCACUUGUAGUCUUACCAUUGAAUGCGUCAUGUUAUCUCGAGACGAAAUUUGUCAUUAGCGGUGCAGUG